CCCAGUUAAGCGGUAGCCUGCGGGAAGCUGAUAUCCGCGUCAGUGGGAUUUGAAAGUCGAUCUGCCCGAUAAAAUACGUAUGACAGGCGGCAAAGUAGCCGUUGAAGUAUUCAUCGAGGGCUGGCUCGCGAGUUUGGUACCGGCAAAUUUCAAGGAUUCGAACACGAACAAUUUCCCCCGUGACUCAUGAGGUGAUGGUCACUUCGGAGGGGAGCUGGAUCUUGAUCGAUUUACGGAGUACUCUCGCAUCAUAGUUUUGUUACAUGCUCAUAUAUCCGCUCUUCUGACGGAAUCCAGCGAUGUCCAGCGUGCCGAAAGCCCGCCGGUCUAACGUGAGCGGUCUUACGGUCACUCCAGAUAAAUGGGACUACUAUCCCUCCAUUGAACGCUCGGACGUCAAGUCCUGCUCCUUUACCAAUCUCUCUUCAUCCACGCACAUCCGCCACUCCAAACUCAACGACGUACACGUCCUCUCCGAAAAUGGCAGAGGCAGUUAUAUCGAACGCUGCGAUCUAUCCCGCUGCACUAUUUCGGAUAGCUACAUCGAACGCUCUCGGCUUCGAGAUAGCCGCGCGUCGCAUGUAGGGCGCAUGGACCGCUCGACGGCUUCGAGAUCCGAGUUCGUGGGCGCGCAGACCGUUGAGCGUUCUUCUUUUCAAGACUCCCGAGUGGGUGGUCAAACCGCCGUGUCGAGGAGUGAAGUAAAGAAGUGCAGUCUGGGGGGAGGCAGUCGUGUACAGGACAGUGUUCUGGAUAGGGUGUCUUUGUGGGACAGUACGGCCGACAGGGUCGUGCUUAAGAACUGCGACGUGAAGGACUGUAAGAUGUCCAAGACCAACCUUUCUGGAAUGGUACUCAGAUACGGGAUUUGGAAUAAUGGCGACCUGGUUGGAAGGACGAGCAGAGAGCACGAAGUGAUUGCUACAUCUCUGGAGGAAUGGAAUGCUCGGGAAGAGCGUGAUGCAGAGGCCGGGGAGCAAGAAGGACAAGUCAAUUCAGGCGAUCCUCCUCACCAAGCUGUGGCAACUGCGCCAACCACUUCGGCUCCUGUGUCGGAGUCUAGAUCCCCUUUGACGCUACAUAUCGAGACGCAGAAGGAAAUUGCGCCGCCGUCGUACACGUCACUCCAUGCCCAGGAAGACGCUGAUGUUCGGAUGCGAAGCGAAAGGGAGUUUACUCCACCAACGCCGACUUCCGAUGGCUUUUCCGACAUAACAGAACUCGUCGACAAUGAUAAUACCGAAUAUAAAAAUGAUGCUCGGGUUUCAGAAAAGGAUGGUCCUCCGCCACCGUAUGAACCGUGA